AUGGUGUAUUUGGACAAUUUGUUGCAAAGGCUCAAGAUGGCACCCUCGGUGAUUGACUUUUUGAUUUUUCUGUUCCCGGAUACCCAAAUUAGAUCGAACAUCAGUGAUGCGGAUGACACGGUUAUGACGGUGAGUUUGGAGGUGCUCCACCUCCAAGAGGAGGUCCAGCUCUUGCGUGAGGAAGCCGAUGAAGCGGCCGAGAAUAUGGAGCUAGCGCGCCUGGCGGCGAAGACGCUGGAGGAGCAAUUCCGCAGCGAGCAAGCCGUUGUGGUGCAGUUGCGGCAGCGCGAUGCUGCACAGGGUCGGCAGACCGAGGAUGCUGCCUUUGCGAGACGCCUAGAGGAAGAUCUUCGGGAGCAGCUGCGGAAGAUGCAAGAAAUGGAGGAAGACCUACGCGCCCAGCUUGGGAAGAUGGAAGCCGGCGCUUCCGACCAUGAAACCGUGGUGGAAGACCUUCGGACGCAAUUGCGAAAGAUGGAAGCUGGCGCUUCCGACAAAGACAAGGAAGACCUACGCGCCCAGCUUGGGAAGAUGGAAGCCGGCGCUUCCGACCAUGAAACCGUGGUGGAAGACCUUCGGACGCAAUUGCGAAAGAUGGAAGCUGGCGCUUCCGACAAAGACAAGGGUCGGCAGACCGAGGAUGCUGCCUUUGCGAGACGCCUAGAGGACCUCCCUGACAGCGAUUCGGUUGGUCUGGGUAUUUCAGCAGCCUAUGCCCAGGGGACAAGGGCAAUGUUCAUGGAGCGUUACAGAGCAGAUUUGCAACGCCUGAUGCAUCGAGAAGAUCUGCCAGCGGAGAGCAUCCUUCAGCGAAGCUGGCGAGGUGGUGGGAAGCCGCAAGUCACUGAGAACGAACCGGACGUCAAUUUGGAGGAGAUGGUUUCCCUUUGGCCCGAAGGCCUUGACGGAUGUAUCUCCAACUUUGCCUUUCGUCGCGAAAGUAAGCCGGGAAUCCCCGCGGAGUGGACAUGGAUUGACCACAACCUGAAUUUUUUCGAAGCUGGCAGCGCGAUUCAGCACAAGCUGUGGUUUACGAUAGGCAUCCAUCCACAUGAUGCUGCCAACUGGGAUGCUGCUGCAGAAGAAAAUGUUCGACGGCUCGCAAGACAUCCCAAGUGCGUAGGCAUUGGCGAGUGUGGACUGGACUUCUUCAAGCAUGAUCCCAGCGAGGCAGAACUGCAGCUCCGCACCUUCCGCGCCCAAGCGAAGUUGGCGGUGGAAUUGAGAAAGGCCUUGGUGAUCCAUGCGCGACUCACCACCGCGGAAAAUGAAGCGAUGUUCCUGAAGGAGUUGAAAGAGAUUGUUCCUCCAGAUCAUCCAAUUCAUGUCCAUUGCUUCAGCGACUCCCUGGCAUAUGCAGAGGAGUUGAUGGCUCAUUGGCCGAAGCUGCGCAUCGGCUUCACUGGGGCCAUCACCUUUCGUGAUCGAGACAAAGGCAGACCAGUUGAGCGCCUGAAACUUAUGGAGGAUGGCAAAGGUGGAAAAGGGAAAGGCAAAGACGGCAAAGAUGGCAAAGACGGCAAAGGGAAGGCGAAGAAGGGCGAGGAGCAUUGUCGCGAACUGGUGCAAGGUCUGCCUUUGGAACGACUUCUCAUUGAAACCGAUGGGCCCUACAUGUGCCCCGAGCCCUUCCGCGGCCAGACGGCUCAUCCAGGCCAUGUUCAUCGUGUGGCGGAGCGCAUCGCCGAAUGGAAAAGG